UAUAAUUGAUCUUCUUUUUCGCUCGGUCAGCACCGCAAAUAUGGACUCCAAUUCACUUAACCAAAAUGAGCAAUUUGUUGCUAUGCAACAAAGACUAUUUCAAUUAGAACAGCUAGUAGCACAAUCAAGAGCUCAAACUUCUACAGAGUCACAGACAUCCCCUAACGUCAACAUGGAUGCUGAUGAUGAGACCAUUGCUGCUCUGGAUUCUUUAAGAAUCAGGCCAUCAUACUAUUGGACUCCUUCUUCUUUCCUUACGGAAGUUCUUGCCCUGGACUCACCGCUUUUUCCAACGACUAUGCUCACGGAUGAUGAACGUCGUAAGCUCAUUGAUCAAUAUCCCAACAUUGAACAACUGCAGUAUCAACCUCCUGAUACAAUUCCCAGCGCUGCUCGCAAGAUGAACAAAUAUCAAUCUAAGCAGGAUAUGUCACUCAAACGCUUGCAGUACCUCUUGUCAGGUGUUUUCCGACCUUUGGAUGUACUUGGGUUAGAAGUUAGUCAAGAUACGAACAAUGAAAAUAUUCAACGCUAUCUUCAUAUGCUCAAGGAUUGCCGUAGUUUAUUACUCAAUGUCUCUGCUCAAAUUAAUGACAUGCGUAACAACAUCGCUUUUCAAUCAAUUAACCCUUCUUUCUCAUCCAGCGCCUCACCUAGCAAAACUAACUUCCCUAUGUCACCUGCUGAUUUUCAAGCGGCCUUGGUUCAACAGACUACCACAUCUCAGGCACUUAAAACUGCCAGUGGUCUUCGUAACAAGAAACGUAACUUUAAUCAAGCCCAAAAUGGUCAAGCCCAGCAGUUUUUUCGAUCAGGUCCGUCCUCUCAGCAGGGCGGUUAUCCCAACAACUUCAACAACAACCCAUUUCGGCCGGCCAACAAUCAAGCCAACAACAACAAUAACAGCUACAGCAACAGCAACAACCACAUUCUGGGCACAGAAGUGUUUUUUGUUUUUUCCUGAUUCAGUUAACACAACAGAUGCAACUAAUGUAUCCUUACCUGCAUUUAUUAAACUAUGCCAAUUUAUGUCUGAUCCAGACAAAACGCUUUGUUUUUCAUACGAUUUUGAGACUCGAACUAUUUGUUUGGCCUGUGAAGUUACAAUAGGCAAAGACAG